CGGCUCCCAGCUGCAGAUGUCGGCGCAGAUCGUUGGACUGGCCUUGGAGUCCACGUCAAGCGAAAUGACUUCCCACCCCAGCUCCUCGAAGGCUCUGCCCAUCGACCCAGUCCCCGAGAACAGCUCCAGCAGGCGUCGCGGCAUGGGCAACGGCAAGAUCUUCUUUUUCCAUCACGGGGUCAAGGGCGAGCCACACCAGAGCAACGAAACCUGCGCAAUAGCAGGCGAAACCCAGGUUGCAGAGCAACGCCUGCCUCCAAAGGGCGGCAAAUUCCUGCCGGCCGAGCCUCCUCUGCGCUGGAACACUACCCAAUGGGCCGAGAUCCUCUACGAGCCCUCCUCCUUCGGCAAGGGCGAGUCCGAGCGAGUUAGCUUGGUGCUCGAGCUCACGGCCGAGAUGGAAAAGACCGUGGAGCGGCUGGAAAAGCAGGCCACAAGUCUGGUCCGAUUUUGGGACGCCGACGGCAACAAACUGGCCAGCCCGCCUGCCGAGCUCAGAGGUCGCAAGGCACUGGUCGCCAUCGAGGUGCGGCAGCUGUGGAUCAUGGGGCAAAUGUGCGGCCUUCUCAUGGAAGCCCGCGACAUUAAGCUACAGGAUGCCUCUCCCCCAGAGUCGAACCUGGUGCUUCUGCUUGAUGAAUGGUCGACAAAAUGGAAGCACAAGGGACGUACAAGAGCCGUGGGUUCCGGAGCCUAUGAAAAGUACUGCACUCUGGGAUUCUACGCUCACGGAGGCAUUUUGGGCAUCUCGCGAGCCUCGAAUGAUGAAAGCGCCUGCAGAGCCGUCAAUCAUUUCUUAAGAUCCAGAUUUCCGGGCAAGACCUGGACUUCCAUCGCGAUUCUCUGCAAUCCCAAAAUGGGCCUUCAUCGAGACCUUCUGAAUUUGAAAGGACACCCCAACCACGCGAUCACUCUGGGUUCAUUCACCGGCGGCCGAGUGUGGGUUGAAAAUGAAAACGGAGAUGCUCCGGCGGAAGUGCAAAUGAAAAGCAAAAUCCAAGCUCUUAUCGGAUCCUGGCAUGACAUCCAUGACAAACCAAUCACUUUUGACGCUCGUCGCUUUCAUCAAGUCGAGCCGCAUGAGGGACGCAUGUGGGCAUUGGCAGCCUACACGCCGCAAGCGUUCAAAUGGCUCACGGAUGAAAACGCGGAGAGGCUUUUAUCAAAAGGAUUCCCUUUGCCAAAUCGAGAAAAUGAAUCUACCGGCAAAACUCUGGCAGAUUUUAUUCCGCGAUGA